AUGUCCAGCACGCCCCCAGUACCCACUUCGGGAAAGCCCAGGUCCGCGGAUCGAUCCCCAUACCUCGCCCCAAAGCCGCUCACCUCCACGACCAAGGAGGACGGACAGCCGCCGGUGGACCCCUCGGAUCUCGCCAACGCGAUGAAGAACCUCAACACUUUGCAGUCGGUCAAAACGCCUGCUGGGUCUGCUGCGCCCUCCGCAGCUACCAGCCCGGACGUGAGCGGGUCAAAUAGCCCAAACCCGCCGGGACAGCUACAGCUGGAAGGGCUGGACAAGUUGAUACAGCAAAAUCCCCUGGCUAUGCCCGCGGGGGAGGGAAAGCUGGAAGGGAAGACUAUCUCUGUUCCGGGAACACCACACUUUGGGGCUCAAUCAGAAUUACUGAAAACACUGGAUGACGCUACAAAGGUGCUGAGGCAGAGCUCAAAGGCGCCUACUCGCGCACCGUCGGUAUCAGGCAUCGGAGCGGUGGUGGAGAAGCCAGACUAUUCGGAGGCGAAGAUUGUGGUGGCUAUGGUCGGCCUGCCAGCAAGGGGAAAGUCAUACCUCAGUAACAGGCUUAUGCGAUAUCUUCGGUGGCUCGAGUACAAGGUGGACGUCUUCAACGUCGGUCAGCUGCGUCGGUCCAAGGCUAGAGCGGAGCAGCAGCUGGGCGGAGAAAAGGUCGACCAUUCGGCAGACUAUUUCAGCGCUUCGAACGAGAAGGGACAAGCUAUACGGGAACAGCUGGCGUCGGAGAGUCUGGAGAGUCUCAUUAGCUGGCUGAAGAAGGAGGGAAAUGUUGGGAUCAUGGACGCAACCAACAGUACCUUUGACCGGCGCGAAAAGAUCCGGAAGCGGGUCGCUCAGGAGCCCGGACUCCAACUCCUCUUCCUCGAAUCUUUUUGCAAUGAUCCCAAAGUCAUCGCUGCGAACGUCGUCCUCAAAGCCCGGUCUGGUGAUCCCGACUACGCCGGUAUGUCCGAGGAGGAAGCCCAGCGGGAUUUCCGGAAACGUAUCGAGGCGUACGAGCGGGUAUACCAAACCAUCACGGAGCCAGGGAUCAGUUUCUGCCGGAUCUUGAAUGUCGGGCAACAGGUGACCAUCAACCGGAUCGACGGGUACCUCCAAUCUCGGAUUGCAUUCUACCUCAUGAACCUGCAUCUUAAGCCCCGGCAUAUCUACCUUUCAAGACACGGAGAGUCCAUGUACAAUGUCUCGGGCAAGAUCGGUGGAGAUUCAGACAUCUCGCCUCAGGGAUGGCAGUACGCCAAGGCCCUUCCCGACCUCGUACGCCAAAACAUCGGCGACGGCCCGCUCGAAGUGUGGACGUCAACCCUCCAGCGGACCAUCCAGACCGGCUCCUUCCUCCCUUUCGAGCACAAGACCUGGAAGUCGCUGGACGAGCUGGAUGCGGGAGUGUGCGAUGGGAUGACGUAUGAGGAGAUCGAGGAGAAGUAUCCAGAGGACUAUGAGGCGCGGGACGAAGAUAAGUUCAAUUAUCGAUACAGGGGCGGAGAGAGUUAUCGGGAUGUGGUGGUCAGGCUGGAACCGGUCAUCAUGGAGUUGGAGAGACAGGAGAAUAUCUUGAUCAUCGCACAUCAGGCCAUCCUUCGAAGUCUCUAUGCGUACUUCAUGGCUCUUUCUCAAGAAGAACUCCCAUACAUCAAAAUCCCCCUGCAUACCCUCAUCAAAAUCACACCGAUGGCGUAUGGAUGCCACGAAGAGCGCUACCCCCUCCCCAUCGCCGCAGUCGACACGCACCGCCCCAACCCCAAGAAAAUGGCCGAACAGCACGCGGAGCAAAAUGCCGCUCAUCCCGAUGUGGCCAAGAUCGAGGUGGCAAGAGACUACUUUGGCGCGUCGGCAGCUCCUCCACCGGGCGGUGCGCCACCACCGCCCGAGCCGGGAGUUAGUGCGAGUGGGGUGACGAAGGCGUUGGAGAAGGAUGUGGAGAAUGGGGGGAUGACGCCGAAGGCGGCUCAUCAGGAGGUCAAAGAUUAG